CAUGACGACUGCAUUGCAUUGUUGUUGACAUCACACUUAAUAUUGCUGGUGCUGUAGUUUUGGCUAAAUUCUAUAUAGUAGCAGAGAACUCAGUUGUCACCACAUAACAUCGAACGGCUAACAUGGAUUUGAUGGUGGAAUUAGUCGGAAUUUUCAACGAGUACUGGUUCACUUUUGUCAUAACUUUCGUCGUUGGAGCUGGUUUGCUUCACUUUGGUACAAAACACUCGCGUCAACUCAAACCUUACAGUCAUAUACCUGGACCAAAGCCUUGGCCGUUCAUCAACAAUUUGCCUGAUUCGAUCAAGUCCAAAGGACAAGUGCACGAAUUGUUCGACCGGUAUUACAAGAAGUAUGGAAAAUUAUUUGUGACGAGUGGCGUGACGGUCUUCAUCGGUGUGGCGGACCCCGAAAUGAUUAAACAGAUCCUGGUGAAAGAUUUCGACUCAUUUACUGACAGACCGAUUUUGGUUGAGUUUCCUCCGCCGCUUAACAGUUUAGUGAGUGUCGUUAGGGGAGAAAAAUGGCGACACAUCCGCAGUACACUGUCGCCUUCUUUCAGUGCUUUGAAAAUGAGGCGGAUGGUGCCUCUAAUGAACCAGGCCUUUGAUACUUUCAUGACUAAACUGGAAAAAGUGGCCCAUCACGAGGAAAGCGUCGAUAUUCAUGAGUAUAUACGAACGUUGACCUUUGACAUUAUCUUAUCGACCGCCUUUGGUGUCCAAUCAGAAUGUCAAACUGAUCCAGAUGAUCCCACCAUGAUCCAAGCUCGCGAUGCUCUUCGGUUCAGCCCGGUAGCCCUGACAAUAAUUGGUUUAGGUCUACUUCUUCCCUAUGGAGCCAAACUGUUGAGACUGUUGUCUCCGUGGUUGUUUAAAAAUUUUCAGGGCAUCAAGAUCGUCGCGGACCAAGUAAUAAAAACAUCAAAGAGAACAGCAGAGGGCAUGGAAAAGAAUUUGCUGGAGCUCAUGUUGAACGCCGACACACGAGGCAAAGGACUCAGUGACGAUGAAAUUGCUGCCCAGUCUAUCGGUUUCUUACAAGCCGGCUCCGAUACAACUAGCGUUACUUUAAGUCUGGCGUGUUUCUUUAUAGCUGCGAACCCCGAGGUACAGGAGAAGCUGCAUCAAGAAAUCGAUAGCGUGUGUACCGACGACGAGGAGAUACCGUCCUAUGACACGGUCCGCGAACUGCCUUAUCUUGACAUGGUCAUAGCAGAGACUCUCCGACUUCACCCAGUUGUUCCUUUUCUGAUGCGCGAGUGUACAAAGGAAUGCAAAGUUAAGGAUCUGGUUAUUCCAAAAGGAGGAAUGGUCGUUAUUCCCACUUACAGUAUUCACCGAGAUCCAAGCAUCUGGCCAAACCCAGAGAAAUACGACCCAGAGAGGUUUACCCCUGAGAUGAAGCGGUCACGUGACCCUUACAACUAUCUUCCAUUCGGAAACGGUCCUCGCAAUUGCAUCGGAUUGAGGUUUGCACAAAUGGAAAUGAAGCUUAUGUUAGCAAGAAUACUCAAGAAAUACAGCCUUGAGUUGGCAGCGGAUACAGUGAUCCCGCCCCGUGUAAAAGUGAACAUCACCCUUCUAAUUGAUGGUGGAAUUAACCUUAAAGUUAAGUCUCGCUACUAAGCUGCGUAUUAUAAUCGGGUUUCCUAGGUCAUCCGUGUUUAAGGCAAGUUAUGGACCAGCGUAAGUCUCCGCUUUUUGUAUGUCUCCCUAUGAUGAAAGAUCAAUGUGCUUUUGUGCGAGUGGCACCACAUCCUAUAUUGUCCACUUAGAAUCGGUGCCAAUGGAGGAGUUUAGGACGUUGUUAGGUAUAUGUAAGUACCGCACAAAAUUCGAUUUUAUUUGUAUAACCCUUGAAAUUGAAAUAAAUACAUUCAACAAGAAUCAGUCAUCGUCUAGUAACACAUAUGUUAGCAAAGGUGGCCUACUAAGCACUUGCAAAAAUUAAUAAAGCAAACAAUUAUACUCAAAAUACGACCAAGCAUUAGAAGAGUUUAAUAAAGCUAUUUUCUUAUUCUAUUCGUUGGCAGAAUUCAUACUAGG